AUGAAUCAAGAUUUUGUUGGAAAUGGGAAUGUUUCCACUCCAUCUUAUUUUUACAUCAGUGGUUUUUCUGGUAUACCUCACAUGAGAUACUAUUACAUAUUUCUCUUUUUCAUCUACAUUAUUACUGUGCUUGGAAAUUCUUGCCUCAUGUCUGUUAUCAUUAUGGAUCGAAACCUUCACACCCCUAAAUAUAUUGCAGUAUUUAAUUUAUCACUGACAGACAUUUGUGAAAGUACAGCUGUAAUCCCUCAGCUACUGGACACUUUUUUGUUUGUUAAUCAGCUGAUGCCAUAUGGAUUGUGUAUGUCCAGCAUGUUCUCUGUUUUGUCAUUUCUUGCAAUGCAGUCGUUAACUCUAACUGUUCUGUCUUUUGACAGAUUAGUGGCGAUUUCUUUACCAUUAAGAUAUCAUAUGAUUGUAACCCAUAGGUUAAUGUUUUUUAUAAUUGGCGCAUUAUGGACUCUAGCACUGUUGCUAACGAUCAUUGGAGCCAUUUUCAUGAGCAGACUUUCUUUUUGCAAAGUAAUUGUCACUGUGAACAGUUUCUACUGUGAUCAUGGGCCGAUAUAUCGCUCUGCCUGUAACAAUAAUUUCCCAAGCUCUGUGAUAGCUAGUUUGUUUCCUGCAAUCAUUCUCGGGUUCCCAGCAUUUUUUAUCAUCUUUUCAUAUACUUGCAUAGCUGUGACACUGUUCAGAAUCACAACUCCACAAGACCGUCAGAGAGCCACAAAGACAUGCACUGCUCAUUUAAUAUUAGUGGCUGUGUUUUAUUUGCCUAUCACUUUUACAUAUGCAUUUUGGUCUUUUAUUGACACUAAUACAAGGAUCAUUAAUCUCUCGCUGACCUCUGCCCUUCCUCCAAUGCUUAACCCUAUUAUCUACACAUUCAUGACAUAGGAGUUUAUGGUGGCUGUAAAAAGACUUUUUAAAAGAAGAAACAUAUUCCCGUCCUGGAAAUAA